CCUCAGUGCAGGCUCGCGCUGGUGUGAAGCCGCAUCAAAAGCGUUUCCAUAAUAAUGCGCGCGUGAGGCGCUCCGUGUAGUAAACGGAGAGGCAUUCUGGGAGGAGGAGGCGGAUACUCUUGAGUCUGGCGGGCACCGGCCCAGAAUAAAAUGUCGAACCGCAAGCACCGGGACAACCAAGAAAUCUGCGCCCGCAAGGUCCGGGAGCUGGCCCAGUCUGGGGUAAACAAACACUGCUUCGAGUGCAGCCAGCCCGGGGUGACAUACACCGACAUCACGGUGGGCAGCUUCGUCUGCACGUCGUGCUCCGGAAUGCUGAGAGGCCUCAACCCUCCCCACAGAGUCAAAUCCAUCUCCAUGACCACUUUCUCCCAACAGGAAGUGGAAUUCCUCCAAAACCAUGGCAACGAGGUGGGGAGAAGAACCUGGCUGUGUGUGUUUGAUCCAAAGGCUGAUGGCUUCUCCGACUUGAAGGACUCUCAGAAGUUCAAGGAGUUUCUUCAGGAUAAAUAUGAAAAGAAAAAAUGGCAUUUUUCCAAAAGUAAGAACCGGAGGGAUGUGGAGGGUCCGUGGAGUCCAGGCCUGCAGGCUGUGCCCCCUUCUCAUGGUCCUCUAACUGGCCAGGGGCCCCCGCAUAACUUACCCCCUAAUGCCAGAUCUACAAGACCGCUGUCUCAGUCCCAGUUGCCGUCCUGGGAUCGGGCUCCUGUCAUCUCACCUGCCGACAUGAGGACGGACGCCUUCACGGCUCGACCGUCACGCUCCCAGAGCUUCAGAGACCCCCCUCUGAAAGAUUCUGCCCUGUGUGGAAUAGAAAGACAGCGGCCAGGGUCUUUGUCAUCAGCGCUAGGAGGUCAAAGCCACACCCCUUCGUUCCCCGCCCUUCCACGGCCUUCAGCCAGCAGCUCGUUCAAAAACCACUUCACUUUAGGUCGUACGGUGUCUGUCUCAGGGGUAACGGGUCCCUUCAGAGCUUUCCCCAAGUCCCUCAGCGUGGAUUUUGGAGGUCUGAACCACCCUCAGCCUCCGCCUCAGUCUCUGUCUCAGCCUCGGCAGCAGCAGCCUGCCAGCAUCAGCCAGACUACAGUAGCAGUCGGCAGCUCCGGUGGUCAGGACAAGUACGCUGCCGUGUCUCACCUGGAUAGCGUCUUUUCUGAAACAUCGACUGCAGCUCCACCUGGUGGCCCUCCACAGUACAGCUCUCUUUUUGGCAGCAGGCUGUCAUCUAGCUCCACUCCUGCCAGCUCCCCCGGUGUUGAUGCUGCUCCUGGCUCCCAAACGUUUGGAAAUUUCCCAAACCCGUUCAGCUCGGCCUCCCAGCAGCCUGCCGCCCUCUCGCCCAGUAACCCUUUCAGCACCGCCUCAGGAGGUGACUCCACUGUGUUCGUCACUUCGCCCACCUCAGUUUUUCCUCAGUCAGCUUCUUUCCCAGCAGCCACCUCUCAGAACGCAUUUCCUCAUGAGUCUGCCACCAAUCAAGAAGCCAAUGGUUUUGUUUCCUUCCCUGCUUCUGACUCUCAGCCCAAAGUCCCUCGGCCCAUAUCUGUGAACCCCUUCACGGGGAAUGUUUACCCCAGUCGGGGGACGUCGAGAAACCCUUUCAUCUGACCGCCCACCCCUCACCCAGCCCACCUCACUUCUCUGAGAACCAAAGGAGUGAACUUGAGGAGUCGCUGCCAUUUCAAAGCCUCUGGAGUAUUUUUCACCAUGUGGGGGACCUCUUCUGUCCUUCUCCUUGUCCUCUGUGUCUGUGUUUACGUGUUUGUGGAGGAAACAGAAAAACGUGUGAAUGUAUUUAGGAAGUUGUACGUAUGAUUGUGUUUGUCUGAUCUGAUGUGUUUGUAAAGGUGUUUGUGUGCUAGUAAGACGCCACCUCAGGGCUCUGUGGGAGUCGCAAGCGAACAAUGCCUCUUCGAUUUUACCCCAUCUCUCUCUCUCUCUCUCUCUCUCUCUCUCUCUCUCUCUCUCUCUCUCUCUCUCUCUCCUCCCACUCACACACACACAGACACACACGUUGCUGCUGCUGCUAUUGUGCUUUCAUCUCCUGCUUAAAGAAAUAAACACGUUCUCUGCUUUAAUACCGACACUUUGACCCUCCAUCACGAGUUUUUACAAAUGGUUUCAACAGCCUUAACCUCCUGAUGCAUGUAAAUGAGUGUCUUAAGGUAAGAUGUGUGUGUGUGAGAAACAUUUUUGCUUCUAUUUUAUUGUCAGAAAAUUGAUUUGUGUUGAUCUGUUUUUCCACUCUCAGGCUGCAUGCGCUUAGAGGGCUACAAGGAGAUGCUAAUGAAUGUAAAAGCAAAGUUCAGACAAAAACUACAAAAAAUGUAUUAAAAUUUCAUAACUUCGUUUUCUGGACCAAAAUGCUUUUUUUCUUUGUUUUUUAAUGCAGUUCACAUAAAGGCAAAGUAUUAUUUCAUUUAUUUUGCCAAAAGUAAAAUAAAAGAAGACCGUUUCAUGUACUGACCUCUUUGUAAUGACAAGCAUUCAUAAUCAUAAAAUCAACUUGUUGCCUAUUCCUAAA